ACACAAAACACAAAAAAAACAAAACAAUGGGUUCUUCCCCUAAGAUGGGGAGAUCGCCCCUUCUUGUUUAUGCUCUUGCCAUAACUGUCAUGGCCGCAACUAUCGCAGCCUCUGAGCCAUACACUUAUUCUUCUCCACCACCACCCGAAUACUCACCUUCGCCUAAAGAAAGUUAUGAAUCUCCACCACCCCCAUACAUCUACAAAUCUCCCCCACCACCGCCAUACUAUUCGCCUGCUCCUAAGACAGAGUACAAAUCUCCUCCACCUCCAUACGCUUACAGUUCUCCACCACCACCGCCAUCAUACUCACCUUCACCCAAGGUUGAGUAUAAGUCUCCACCACCCCCAUACGUCUACAAAUCUCCUCCACCACCACCAUACUCCUCACCUUCUCCAAAGGUAGAGUACAAGUCUCCACCACUGCCAUAUGUCUACAGUUCUCCACCACCGCCGUCAUACUACUCACCUUAUUUAGAGCACAAAAAACAUACUCCUUUUCGUAUCUAUAAAUCUCCUCCACCACCGCCGUACUACUCACCAUCGCCAAAGGUCGAGUAUAAGUCUCCUCCACCACCAUACGUUUACAGUUCUCCACCACCACCGCCUUACUACUCACCUUCACCCAAGAUUGAGUACAAGUCUUCACCACCCCCGUACGUUUACAGUUCUCCACCACCACCACCUUACUACUCACCUUCACCCAAGGUUGAGUACAAGUCUCCACCACCCCCAUACGUUUACAAAUCUCCCCCACCACCACCAUACUACUCACCUUCACCCAAGGUUGAGUACAAAUCUCCACCACCCCCAUAUGUUUACAAUUCACCCCCACCACCAUCUUACUACUCACCUUCACCCAAGGUUGAGUACAAGUCUCCACCACCACCAUAUGUCUACAAAUCUCCACCACCGCCUUACUACUCACCUUCUCCAAAGGUACAAUACAAGUCUCCUCCACCCCCAUACGUCUAUAGUUCUCCACCACCACCGCCUUACUACUCACCUUCGCCCAAGGUUGAGUACAAGUCUUCACCACCCCCGUACGUUUAUAGUUCUCCACCACCACCGCCUUACAACUCACCUUCACCCAAGGUUGAGUACAAGUCUCCACCACCGCCAUAUGUCUACAAUUCUCCUUCACCGCCGUACUACUCACCUUCGCCAAAGGUUGAGUAUACGUCUCCUCCACCCCCGUAUGUUUACAGUUAUCCACCACCACCGCCUUACAACUCACCUUCACCCAAGGUUGAGUACAAGUCUCCACCAUCGCCAUACGUCUACAAAUCCCCCCCACCCCCGCCAUACUACUCACCUUCGCCCAAGGUUGAGUACAAGUCUCCUCCACCCCCAUACGUCUACAGUUCUCCCCCUCCACCACCAUAUUAUUCUCCUUCCCCAAAAGUCCACUAUAAAUCUCCAUCAUACCCACACGUUUGUUGUGCACCCCCACCUCCACCGUGUUACUCUCCAUCUCCGAAAAUUAUAUAUAAGUCUCCACCAUCAUAUGUAUACAAAUCCCCCCCUCCACCACCAUAUUAUUCUCCUUCUCCCAAGGCAGAGUACAAAUCUCAUCCACAUCCAUACAAGUAUAGCUCUCCACCUCUUUCACCGUAUUACUCACCAUCUCCAAAGAUUGAGUACAAAUCUCCUCCUCCACCAUAUGUAUACACUUCUCCACCACCUCCACCUUACUAUUCGCCAGCCCCUAAAGCCGAGUACAAGUCUCCUCCACCCCCAUACGUCUACACAUCUCCACCUCCACCACCAUAUUACUCUCCUUCUCCAAAGACUGAGUACAAAUCUCCUACACCUUCGUACUACUAAAGUCCACUGAAUGCCAUUAAUAUUUGAUCGAUGAGAUUUCAUUGAAGUUCUAUUCUUCGAAUCCCUCUUAAUUUCUAUGAAUUAUAAAUUCAGUUGGUCGAAUUACCAAUUUGUUAGUCUUUAUAUGACUAUCUUUGACAUUUCGAAUGUAAGAAGUCUAUAUGCUUUGUUGUUAUUCAUCUUUUGUAUUCUUCAUUUUGAUGCAUUGAAUAACCAUGUAAUUUUCUUGUUCGUGGGCUCCAUGUAUUUCAUUAUUAUUGAUGGAAUGAGAGUGUUGAUUUUAUGAA